CAACAUUUCGCUUUAUCAUAUUUUGAUUUAGUAGGAACCACGUGUGAUGUGAAAUAUGUUGAGGAGACAAGCAAGAUUACGAAGAGAAUAUCUGUAUAGAAAAUCAAUUGAAAACAAAGAACGUCUUAUUGCUGAAAAAAAGGAAAAAAUUAAAAAUGCAAUUGAAGGAAAUAAAGUAAUUCCCACUGAUCUGAGAGAAGAAGCUUUAACUCUACAGAAAUCAUUAGAUUGGGAUGAUGAGGGAGGAGAAGGUGUUACUUCCCAUAUGGAUGAUGAAUAUCGAUGGGCAGGAGUUGAAGAUCCAAAAAUUGUAGUGACAACAUCAAGAGAUCCUAGUUCAAAACUUAAGCAGUUUGCUAAGGAAAUUAGAUUAAUAUUUCCUAAUUCUCAAAGAAUGAAUAGAGGAAAUUAUGAAAUAAAACAAAUAGUUGAAGCUUGUAGAGCUAAUGAUGUCACAGAUUUCAUUAUUGUUCAUGAAACUAGAGGCAUUCCAGAUGGAUUAAUUAUUUCACAUCUUCCUUUUGGCCCAACUGCUUAUUUUACUUUAUUGAAUACUGUAAUGCGGCACGACAUUCCUAAUUUAGGAACAAUGUCUGAGGCCUAUCCACAUCUUAUAUUUCAUAAUUUCAAAUCUCGAGUGGGGAAAAGAGUUAUGAACAUCUUAAAAUAUCUGUUUCCUGUACCAAAACCCGAUAGUCAAAGAGUUAUAACUUUUGUCAAUCAGGAUGAUUAUAUAUCAUUUAGACAUCAUACUUAUAAAAAAGUAAAAAAAGAAGUUGAAUUGCAAGAAGUUGGACCAAGAUUUGAAUUAAAAUUGUAUGAAAUUAAAUUGGGAACAAUUGAUGAGGAAAAAGUAGCUGAUGUAGAAUGGGCACUGAGGCCAUAUAUGAAUACAGCAAAGAAAAGGAGAAUUCUCAGUGAUGAUGUCUUUUGAAUAUAUUAGAUUGCAUUGCAUGUA